AUGAUACGGACUCAUGAACCGCGUGGAUACGCAUGGACCUGUCCUUCUCUGUUCCAGCAAACGCCCGAGUUCCGUAACAUCAGCUACGAUGAAUGUCAGGUAGACUGGCAGACUGAUGACUUUGCCCUAUCAGAGCGAGCAAUCAAGCGACAGAGGAUCGAGAAGCUUGCCAACGACUUUCUCAAUGGACAUGCAUUGAAUAUUCCCUCGGCUCGACUUCCACCACAAGGUAUUCAGCAUGCCGUAGCUCGCUCAUUUGCAAGACCAAAGGAUGCACGUCGAGCUAUGACUGGGAUUGAGACGACGACGUUGGCGGCAGAGGCAUUUUGGGAGGACGUGCACGAUCAGUGGGAAGUGUUGCAGAAUUACAAUCAUGUCGACGACGAUGAAGGCCAUCUUGAAGCUGCGGAGUCUGAUGAUGAAGAGGUUGUUGUCGAAGUUCACGCCCAAGCGAGCUGCACUUCACGCCGUCGACAGAGGACGAUCAAAAUCGAUAUGGGACCAAGCGAUGAAGCUCUUCAACAAGCUGCCGCUCUCCGCACUCGCGUUCUGUUGAGAAGAAGUGGGCGUUUGUCCGUUCCCUCGAUGCAGCGUGCUCAGUCUGAAGCGACGAUUGAGGAGACCCAGGAAGCUUCCUCAAUUUCAUCACUACAGACUUCUACAUCAGAUAUUGGACCCACACCGACCGCAGCCUGGACGAGUUCGAAGUGGCUCAAGACCGGCAUGCUUGAGCUCCGCCACAAGGCCGUGGACGAGGAGUGCAGUAAAGACGAACUCGGAUUGAGUUCACUCCCAACGCCAAGUCAAAGAGCCGCAGCUCGUCCUAUGGUGAGUUUGCGGCGAGAAAGGAGUGCUUUGUCGCAGAAAAGUAGUGGACCUCCGGGUGGUGCUGGAAAACUUGCUGGUAGUAUGCCCUCUUCGUUGGAAAAUGAUGAGCGAAACUCAGGCCGUGGGGAUGAACAACCGGAGCAGUCCGAAGAGACUGCCUUUGUAUCUAUACCGACACCUGGGAAUUACGAGCAGGAGGACGAGGAAUCACAGGACAGCCAAGCUCAACUUCUUCGUCGACAAGGAAUUCGCGCAGCCCCUCGCAAGUCCUGGGCCUCUUUUGGCAAAACAGUAGAGAAACCUGCCACACAGAUGGAACCUUCGACGACUGCUCCCAUCCAUGCACAAGCACUGUCGCCCGGCGGCAUGCGAACGGCCAUGCAGGAUUCAGCAAGUCUGAAUGUUGGCAAAGUGCCAAAGGGUAAGAGAGCUACAAAAUCGACGGGAGCCGCGCAACCUGUCGCAACAACAUCGAGCGCGCGUAGAUCAUCUCGUCGCAAAUCGGCGCCAUCCGAGUCCCAAUCUGCUGUGACUGACAUGGCGGAACUUCCUGUAGAGCAACAGCGCCGCAUGGGUUCUUUCAGAGCUGGUGAGAAUACGUACAUGUCUGUGCCGGGCAAGGAUUCCUCACCUUUCAUGUUUCGCAAACGGAUAUCGAAGUUCAACAACAGUGACGAUCCCGAUAUUGAGACUCUGGUCGUGGAAACGAAACAGCGGCAGCCUCAAACUAGAACACCAAAGACAGUUGGUUUCGCCUCCAAUAGUCUUCAGCUUGCACGAAUCAAUCCCGUAGUUGAUCCCACAACGCCGCUGGUCAACGAGUAUCUCAAUCGCUUGUUGCCAAACGCAGGGGACUCGGGCUCAGACUCAUCUUCGGUCAGAAAAGCGCUCCGCGAUGAAAUGCGUUUGGCGGGUGCAGAGUUUUCUCACAUUGGAGGAGAGCCGUCCUAUGUACAAGCAGAACCCGUCGCUUCAGAAGAGCAACAGGAACCUUCCUCGGGUGAGAACGUCGAUGUCAGUGAGGUUGCCAUUGAGCGUGCGCCGGAGAUGCCUCCUCCUCAACUCUGGCCCGGCACUCAAGUUUUGCUCGCUGAAGCACAAAAAGACCUCUUCACCUCGCCGAACAAGGAAAACACAACACUGUAUCUUGGCGACAAGACCACUCCACAGACUACACGAGAUCUUCCUCGCCGCCGACCACUGCAGACGCUGUCUCAGGAGCCCCUCCCAAUGCCCAGCACACAGGCACUUCUUGAUGGGUGGAAAGGCUGGUCUAGUAUCAAGAAACCCAGGAGUGCUACUGGCAAACGUUCCAGCAUUGAGCAAUCACCGAGURUAAAUAAAGGCUCUGGUGAAAACCUGAUUGGUUCGGAUCCGGGCAUUUCCCAUUCAUUCGACGAAUCCCGUUUGAGGAAGAGCAGUCUCCGCUAUUCGAUAUCAUACAACGACUCUCCUGGUCAGCAGGAGACAGAGUCUCUGCCCGUGGCAGCAUUUUUCCCAGCCUGGCAAUCCGCGCACAGAAAACGCACAAGUACUACCUCACUUGAGUCAAGCAGUGCUAGUGGAGCAGUCUGCACAGCCCAGGUCUCCGACCAAGCGCAAGAGAAGUCUAUCCGACCAAGCGGGGCUGUCGCCUCGUCAGCCACAUUCUCUCAGGGGCAUUUUCUGUCCACGACAGGAWCUACCACAGUCUCAUCACUCUCGCUUCAAGCCGGCCUGUCACCUACCCGUCUACCGGCCACUGUUCAGCAACAACAUGAGAAAUCUAGCCUCUCGUUCUCUCCAAUCGUAAGAUCUGAAUCACGAGCAGCGGAUCCCAAGCCUGCCGCCAGCACAACGUCUCGCAUCGGUCUCUCAACGCACGGUUCGUGGUCGUUCUCACCACUACUCGGUACUUCCAACGCCAAGCAAGUGAAAGACACCCCGACAGACUAUGGUACUCCGGCUGCUUCUCUGCCGCCCUACCRGCAAGCUCACGACUCUGCAAGCGACGAUGUGAGCGGGCAUUUUCUCCAGACAGUUGAUAUGGACUCGCAAGAGCUGGACUUCACAGUGACUGAUCUGGUGGGGGACAUUUUGGGGAGUGCACAGAGAGAUAUGCCGCACGGUACKGGAGUGUUCAGUCAGUAG